AGAGGGGCCCCACCAUGGCCACCUGCUGGCAGGGCCUUUGGGCCUAUCGCUCCUACCUGAUUGUGUUCCUCCUGCCCAUUGUCCUGCUGCCUCUGCCCAUCCUUAUCCCCACCAAGGCCUCAAUGGAACCCUCUGUUAAAACAUUCUCCAAUGGUGCCGGAACAGAGCUCAGCUAAAAUCCACACUCUAUUCACAAUAAGAACAGAAGGUGAAAUUUCUUAAUCUGAAUCACCUGCACUCCUAAAUACAAGAACAGAAAGUUACUGCGCCUACAUCAUCAUCCUCUUGGCGCUCUUCUGGUGCACCGAGGCUCUGCCCCUGGCGGUCACCGCCCUCUUACCCAUCAUCCUGUUCCCCAUGAUGGGCAUCAUGGACGCCUCUGAGGUCUGCAUCGAGUACAUGAAGGACACCAACAUCCUGUUCCUCGGGGGGCUGCUGGUGGCCAUCACCGUCGAGCACUGGAACCUGCACAAGCGCAUCGCCCUCCGCGUGCUCCUCACCAUCGGCGUGCGGCCUGCACUGCUGAUCCUGGGCUUCAUGGUGGUCACAGCCUUCCUGUCCAUGUGGAUCAGCAACACGGCCACCACGGCCAUGAUGGUGCCCAUCGCGCAUGCUGUCCUGGAGCAGCUGCACAACACGACCGCCGGCAGGGAUGUCGAGGAGGGAGGUGACAACCCCGCCUUCGAGCUCCAGGAGCCAAGUCCCCAGAAGGAGGUGACCAAACUCGAUAACAGUCAGAAGCUCCCCGUCCCACCUGUUCCUUCGGAGCCACGGGCACAUCAGAACCAGCAGCAGCUCCGCUUCACCAGGGGCAUGAGCCUGUGUGUGUGCUACUCGGCCAGCAUCGGGGGCAUCGCCACGCUGACGGGCACCACGCCCAACCUGGUGCUGCAAGGCCAGGUCAACUCGCUCUUCCCUGACAACGGCAACGUGGUGAAUUUUGCCUCCUGGUUUGGGUUUGCCUUCCCCACCAUGAUCCUCCUGCUGCUGCUGGCCUGGCUGUGGCUGCAGAUCCUCUUCCUGGGGUUCAACUUCCGGAAGAACUUCGGCAUUGGGGGGCAGGAGCAGGAACAAGAGCGGGCAGCCUUCCACGUCAUCCAGACAGAGCACAAGCUACUGGGCCCCAUGUCCUUUGCAGAAAAGGCUGUCAGCAUCCUCUUUUUCAUCCUGGUGCUGCUCUGGUUCACCCGGGAGCCAGGCUUUUUCCCUGGUUGGGGAAACCUGGCUUUUUCUAAUGACAAGGGGAAAAGCAUGGUGUCCGAUGGGACGGUGGCCAUGGUCAUCAGCAUGAUUUUGUUCAUCAUGCCCUCCAAGAUCCCAGGGCUGACCCAGGACCCAGGAAAUCCAGAGAAGCUGAAGGCCCCUCCUACCCUGCUCAGCUGGAAGACCGUGCAUGCGAAGAUGCCCUGGGGAAUCGUGAUCUUGCUGGGUGGUGGCUUUGCCCUGGCCAAGGGCAGUGAGCACUCAGGCUUGUCGGAUUGGCUGGGGUACAAGCUGACCCCACUGCAGCACGUGCCGGCUCCCGCCAUCGCCUUCAUCCUCUGCCUCCUGGUUGCCACCUUCACUGAGUGCACCAGCAACGUGGCCACCACCACACUCUUCCUGCCCAUUCUGGCCUCCAUGGCUCAGGCCAUCUGCCUCCACCCGCUCUACAUCAUGCUGCCCUGCACGCUGGCCUCCUCCCUGGCCUUCAUGCUGCCCGUGGCCACCCCGCCCAAUGCCAUCGUCUUCUCUUUCGGGGGAGUCAAGGUGUCCGAUAUGGCCCAGGCGGGAUUCCUGCUCAACGUCAUCGGGGUGCUUGUCAUCACACUGGCCAUCAACAGCUGGGGCAUCCCCAUCUUCAGCUUGUACUCCUUCCCCUCCUGGGCCAUCUCCAACACCACGGCCCAGUGCCUGCCCCCCCACGCCCUGCCCUCCACCACGCUCCAGCCCUAGACCCUUGACCAGCUGCAUCCUGGCCAAGCCCAGGAAGACCCACCCCCAUCCCCGCUCAUCUGAGCCAGGAGGGGACACCCCAAGCUCCAAGCCCUGGGUCAAAGACAGAGAAAGACACGCGUCUACAUAAUCCUGUGUGUCUGAGGAAAAUGUGUGUGCGUAUGUAAAUAAAUACGUGUGUCUGUGAGCACGUCUGAGGGGCGGUUGUGUGUGUGUACAUGAUCGUAGGCGUGUGUGCUGGACGGUGUCCAUGUGUAUAUCUUGUGCACGUGUGUGAGUUCCCAGACAAUACCACAUGCCAUCUCUGCAUCCCAAGGCUCAAGGGCUUUGUCUUCCCAGCAGGGUGACCAGACCCUUUGCACAGUAUUUAUUGACACUCAGGGUUGGGGUAGGCUGGAGGGGAAAGCCUACCAGCAGUUGUCAUGGGAACAGCCUCUGGGAUGGGCCCAGCUUUCUGAGGUCUUCCCAGCUCUCCUGGUUUGGGGGAGCAUUUGAAUAUUAGCCUAUUAAAGUCUUUUGCAGUAGAGUGUGGGCUGGUUUUUCACGGCGCUCUCCAGGGCAGGUCUGCGGUGUGGUUCACGCCCCAGGGUGGGGGUGGGGGCCUGGCCUCUGCCCUGCACGGCGGCCCUCUUGGCAC